AUGAUAUCUGCCUAUUGGACUUUCUUCUUCUCGUCUUCCUUGUUUCUUGUGUUAGAGGCGCUUCUAGUGCAAGAUCUGCCCGCGUGCGCGCAACAAUGCUUGGGCAAUUCCACAAGCGCUCAGCUGACCUGUCCAGUGAUUGACAUCAAGUGCCUGUGUUCCACAAGCGCAUAUGUGAGCGCCGUCUCAUGCUGUUUGUAUCAGCAUUGCGACUCGGAUGAACAAGCCCUUGCGAUUCAGUUCAAUCAGCAGGAGUGCGAGGCAGUCAACGAGACCGCCCCUAACUUUGUAGGAUGCUCGCCAGCAGGUCUCUCCAGUGCGCUCUCAAGCGCAAGCGCUGAACAGGCCGCGACCCGCGGCUCGGGCUCGUUGGCGCCAUUCAACCCAGCCACCUCUUCGGCAUCGAUUUCUGGCGUGUUGACAAUUACCGGGGAUGUGGUGAAGGACAAUGCACCUACGCAGACCGGCAGGCGAACGACGGCCAACUUUGAAGGCCGGCCUUUGAUGACUGGGAGCUGUGUUGUCCCCUACUUCGCCAUUGCCACCAACCCGGGAGGAGCAGUGAUUGAGUAUCCAGCGGUUGGAUGCUCAGACGGUAGAAAAGAUUGCUGCCCCUUCGACCCUGCCGAGGAUGCAGUCCUCACGAGAUGCCCGCAAGAUCACUUUACCACUGCAGGUGGAUGCUGUCCAAUAGGUUACCAAGUAUGGUACACAGCCGUUGGUGCACAGACUCCAUGCUAUUCUGACCUGGUUACCAAAUAUCUCCCUGUGUCUUCGCCAUCAAUUCCCGAUCUCAGCUUAAUUACAGACCACGUCUUUGCUCAAAGGUACGACCUAGCGCUACCUAGAGCGAAAGAUGAAGGACUCUCGACAGGGGCCAUAGUCGGAAUUGCCGUGGGUUCAACAGUGGGAGCCAUAUUGGUGGCGGGUUUACUCCUUUGCUACUGGAGGAGGAGAUCGUCCAAAACCAAAGCAGCCAAAGUGCAAUCGACGACCUUCCCACCCAACGAGCCGGCCCUACACCAAAUCUCACGCGUGCCCACGACCCACGAGUUGGACAGUCCCGCCACAGCACCACGGUCAGCUGGGGUUGCUUCGUCCAAUUGGCCGAUCUCGAUACCGACUUCGCCUCCUGCAUACGAAGGGGGAAAAUCACGACCGCUGUCAAACAAAUCGCCGAUACCUCAAGAACUACCCGGUAGCACAUUCAUCCACGAGCAUCAUCCGGCAUUUACAGCCACGGGAGAAGUAGAAAUGUCAGGCGAUGCGGCACCAUCGACGCCUCCGAAAACUCCAACACAGAGCGCAAUUGAUAGUGAGAGGAGAUCACCUCCGCUUUCUGCCCUCGGUGCGUCUACACCUCGUACAGGAGCUCAAAGCCCUGGAUUCAUUUCGCCUCUCUCGUCACCCAAGUUUCCUCAGCAUCGGUGA